GAGUCUCUGAAGUCCAUUGUAUUAUUCUGGGAAGAAUUUUUAGCUGUAUUAGACGUUUAACAAAGUUUAACAUUUACAAGAUAAUAGAAUAAAUAUUUGUUAGUAAUUAUGUGUUAUAUAGCGAGUGUUGUAUUGAUAGCAGUGUUGGGAUUUGCUGAUGCUGCUCCAAAAAUAAGUGCAGUAUUUAAUCCAGUUUAUGAUCCAGGAUACAACUCAUAUUAUGAAAGACCGCAAUACGCUUUCAACUAUGGAGUAGCUGAUCCCUCAACAGGGGACGUUAAAUCCCAGCAUGAAACUAGAGACGGUGAUGUUGUUAAAGGUCAAUAUUCGCUCGUAGAACCUGACGGUUCCAUCAGAACUGUAGACUACACAGCCGACUCAGUAAAUGGCUUCAACGCUUUGGUAUCGAAGACUGGUCCCAGCUUACACCCCGCACCUCAAGUGCACAGACACGUACAACCCGUAGUACAGUAUGUCGCGAAACCUGUGCCUGUGCCUGUACAGUAUCCGAGACAAUACACGCCGCAAGUUUUUGCGUCACCCGCUCCAUUCUUGUAUCCGAAAGUCGCUGCUCAGUUUCCUGACUACGAUGGCUUUGAAGGAUUCGAUGGACCACCUCAACAAUACUUUUAAAAUAUUUAGAUUAAGUUUUUAGAACAUUAGAGUGAUAUAUUAAUUUCGUAGAAUAAUAUUUGAUUGUAUUUAAUUAAAGUUCAAAUUCAUAUCAAUCAACUUAACAAUUUUUUUUUACGACGAACUUCCAAGAAGAAUUUGCUAUGCUUUAUUAAAAAUAAAAAACGUUUUUUCUUGCUUUCUUUCUUAGGUAUUUAUUACAGUAAUGGAGAUAAUCCCUUAAUAACCUUGCCGACGCCUUACUGAGAAUGUCACCAACAUAGCAUAAUUGAAGGGUAUUAAAAUGCUCGAGAUAUUUAUUUAAUAAUUAAAAUCUCUUACUCCCGAUGAUAAUAAUAUCGAUUGCACGAACUGUGUAAAUAUUUUUCCUUCAACCGGAAUCAAGAAUAAAUUGUUAUAAUGCGGGGUUAUUAAUUGAAAAGCGUCUAGUUUGUCAAUAAAAUGCUAAAGUCAGUCAAUGAGAGGUAACGCUGCUGAUACAAUAAUAAACUGAAAACAGAAAA